AUGGAAGUGCGUCAACGGCCAACUGAGGACUCUCCAGAGAAGGCUGACGAUCAAGUUCAAAUUGACACAUCGAAAGUAACCCUGAAGAAAGAGAUUGGUCUUUUAAGUGGUGUAGCCUUUGUGGUGGGAUCAAUCAUUGGUUCUGGUAUCUUCAUCUCUCCCCAAGGAGUUUUGAGGAACACAGGCUCAGUGGGAAUGUGCCUGGUUGUGUGGUCUAGCGGAGCUCUCCUCUCUCUUCUCGGUUCGCUUACCUUCACUGAGUUAACAUCCCUCACACGGACAUCUGGAGGGGAGUACGCAGUGUUGCUGAAAACAUUCGGCCCUAUCCCUGCCUUUGUGUUUGUAUGGUCCGUUGAAAUCGCCGUGAACACAUCGGCAAGAGCCGUGCAAUGUCUGACGGUCGCCGAGUAUCUCUCCGCCUUCCUGGAGCUGUGUGGGUCCCCUGAACCGCCGAAGAAGGUCGUAGGGAUCUGCCUUCUGGUUCUUCUGGCCAUCACCACCUCCUACAGCGUGAAGUUGUCGGCAAGGAUACAGGUCUUCUUCACUGCAGCCAAAUUGGGAGCUCUCGUUGUGAUCAUCAUCGGAGGACUGGUCAAAAUAGGACAAGGCACGGUAUCUGAGCUACCAACUGGGUUUGAUGGAUCUGUGACUAAGGCAUCCAACAUCGCUCUGGCGUACUACUCGGUCAUGUUUGCAUAUGGAGGAUGGAACAACGUCAACUUCCUAAUAGAGGAGGUGAAGAACCCUCGGAGAAACGGACCAUUGUCGAGUAUCAUCGGUGUAGCGAUAGUUGCUGUUGUCUACAUCCUCACCAACAUCUCCUACCUUGCUGUCAUGACCCGUCAGGAGCUGUAUCAGUCAUCGGCUGUCGCACUGACCUGGGGAGACAGGGUCCUGGGUUCAGCCUCCUGGAUUAUCCCGAUCUCUGUCAUGAUGUCUGUGUACGGCAGCGCUAAUGGUGGGAUGGGAACAGCUUCUAGAAUACAGUUUUCAGCAGCCCGUGAUGGGAACUGGUGGGAGUUCCUGUCCUAUGUCAACGUGAAGAGGUACACGCCCAUGCCAUCAAUCAUUUGUCACGUGCUCAUCUCUGCCUUCAUGACGCUACAGGGAACCGUCACCAGCCUCAUCAACUUCCUCAGCUUCACCCAAUGGGCCUUUUACUGUUCCAAUCCUCAUCCCCAUCUUCUUCAUGCUGUGGUGUCUGUUCCUGGUCGUGGCACCUAUUGUAGAGAAUCCCCAGAUUGA